GAAAGGAAGAAAAAUAAAGAAGAGACUAAUAGUCAGCAAAACAAAGAAACUGAACAAGACGAGAGUCUGAAAACUAAGACAGAUGAAAUACUUGCAAAUUUUUUCCAAGACCUAUUAUCCAAAAAAAAGGAGAUUAACGUUCAACAAUAUCAAAUAGAUGUUAAACAAGAGAUGCAAAAUAAAGAAACCGAGGUUGAACGAGAAGAAACCCAGAAAACUAAAACAGUUCAGGAUCAGAAUAAAAAUGAAAUACUUGCAAAUUUUUUCCAAGACUUAUUAUCCAAAAAAAAGGAGAAGCUUGAACGAAAGGAAAACCAGAAUAAAAUAGAAUCAGAAUGAAAUACUUGCAAAUUAUUUCCGAAAUCUAUUAUCAAGUGAUUAACGAUCUACAAAAUCAAGUAGUAGUUAACGAGGACGAAAGAAAAAUACUAAUUUCGAGAAAGACGAGAGCCAAAAAAACUAUGAAAAGAACGAAGUUCUUGCAAAUUAUUUCAAAAUCUUUUAUUCAAGAAAAAAAUUAGUUAUCAGCAAGACAAAAAUUAACUAAAAUCGACGAAUGAUAACCAAAUUCAUUGAAAUAUUAUUUAUAGAUGUUGCCUGUGAUUGUAUUCAUAUAUUCAGGGUUUAUAAAGAUUCAAUACAUUGAUUAUACAAAAUAAAGAAAAUGUCUAGCAGAACCGAAAAGAGAUGUUUGCCUUAAAAAAUAAUGCUCUCUUUUCAAUCAUACAUAUACACAUAUACUGUAUAUGAUUGAAUAGAGCUUUGCGCCUAAUUCUAGAAAUAAUUAUUUUAGAAACUGCAAAGAAAGGUGUAAUAAAUAAUCUUUU